CGGUGUUGGCCGACAUGCGAACAGCGAGGGUAUUUUGUGUUCGAGUUCUGAAUGUUACCAGCGUGAAUUGCGUUCUCCCAAUAGCGUGAUUUGCGUGGUGCGAAGGUGUCUAUGGUUGUGGAGGAACACAACUGAUUAACUCAAAUCGGUGUGAAGUUAUACGGUUAUAUCAUCAUCAGCGUAAUUCAUGGAGGCUCUUGAAAUAGGGCUAAUAACGGCUAUGGGCUUCAUAUUGUUUCUAAGUCUUUUCGGGAACAUCGUGUUAUUGAUUGUGGUUCAUGCACAACUACCAUAUCAGGCCGUACGAAACUACUCCUAUUUAAUCCUCAAUUUGGCGAUAUGCGACAUACUUCUCGCAGCUUCCAGCAUUCCCUUUGACAUCGUUCAACGGCUCGAGGCGCCAACGUUUCCAUUCGGUGCGACGAUGUGCAAGCUCUUAUGGCCCUUUCAGACCGUUUGUGGAAUGGCGUCAAUAUUCACAGUGGGCGCACUCAGCUACCAACGCUAUAGGCUUGUAGUGAAACCAUUCAACGGCAAACUGUCUAAACGUCGUUUUUUGGCGAUGCUCGCCUCGAUUUGGCUUCUGCCAGUGCUGUUGGCUGGACUGCCAUAUUCCUUCGUGUUGAAGUUUGACGAUAACGCGUCGUUUUGCUUUGAAGAGUGGAUGCCUGUGUCCAGACAGGCCCAAAUAAAGCUAGGUUUUACAAUAUAUCUCUUCAUACUUCAAUACGUGCUUCCAUUGGUUCUGAUCGUCUGGUGCAACGUGAAUGCUAUUCUCGAGUUAAAAAGAUAUCUUCAAUACCACAGAAGGACUUCGAUGAUUUCUGCUCUGUCUAUCGAGCAUCAUCAAAAUACCGUAAAGAUGUUGACGGUUAUUAUGUCUGUAUUCGCCUUUUUUUGGUUGCCCGGUCAAAUAAUGCAAUUCCUCUUGGAGUUUUAUCAGGAUAAUGAGUUCAUCUUAAACUAUGGCCUUGACAUCAGCUAUCUAUUCGUUUUUACAAACUGUUUCAUGAAUCCAUUGAUAUUCGCUUAUUUCACCCGAUGUCAUAAGAAUUUUUCAUUCCUGCGAAGAAUGACCUCGUCGAGUUCCAUCAAUCCCACGAUAGCUUGCGAGUUUGGCUACACCACCAGACGAGAGUCGCGUGACUUCGUACAAAGACGAGGCUCGCUACCCGGGAACUUGAGACGCGUCCCUCUAGGAAGAUCAGUUAAACGACCCUCGCUGCCGGCGAUCCUGAAAUGCGAGGGCAUCACCGAAACCCAGAGGGAAAAAUUAAUGGAGACGAAUGUGAACUUGAGAUUGAAUGGGAAAAUACUGUCGGAAAAGAAACGGUUAUCAGUCCUGGCCGAAUUGCCAAAAAGAGUUUCUAUUCCUUCUGCGCAAAACGUGGAUUUUUCUCGAAGGACUGUCACAAAGUUUGACCGAGAGAGAAGAAGGCAAAGAUGUAUGUCUCUUGGUGCAGCGCCGAGGUCAGACAUUAUUUUUCUUGCCAGAAAAGGCAAUUUUUCGCAUAAUAUUCGAAACGUUGAGCCGAUGCAAACACAUGGUUUAACGCCAAGAUCACGCAAGACUCUGUCUGUCCUAAUACAAAGGAAUGAUCAUCUUCCAGUCAUCCCAUCAACCAUUCGUGAAAACUUGUCGAACAGAAAAUCUACCAUUUUUUCCAAACCAAAACACACCGAGCCUCGACGACAUAGCCAUAAGCGUUUGUCGUUUUCAAUAUUUAACAAACGCGACUCGUUUACUCCUCGCAUCCCAGAAACGCAGAGCGACUGCUUUCGAGGAAACGAACUCGAGAAACUUCGUGAGGUAGAAGCCGGAAAUGGCGUGAUGCGAGAUUUCCUAGAAGUAAUGAAAACUAUGAAGAAAGACGUUUUGAGAAAAUAUCUUGACGCUACUCCGGAGACUGUUUUAAUCUGAGUGAUAUUAAUAUAUGACAGACAUCAAAUUAAAUCAGUUACUCUCUGAGGUCGAACGAAACUGAUACUGCAGCCAAUUAAUUACAGGCUGUUGCGACAUGAGAUAUUAAACAUCAGAAUAGUUCGCCAAUUUGGAUGGGAUAAUUUUGUAACAUAUUAAUCAUU